CACCCUCGACUAAAGCGAGAUAGAUCCUUAUAAAUAACUCUACGCCUGGAUCCGACCCCCUCAGUUGUCGUUCAUCCAUCCAUCCAUCCAUCCAUCCAUCUAUCCGUCAAUCCGUCAAUCCAAUCUUAGAGAGGGAGCAUGUCUUUCCGAACUCCGGCUCAACAUGGCCUCUGGUGUCUAGCCCUGCUACCUUGCGCUCUCUUGUCUUCUUUCACGGAUGACUUCGACCCGUAUCCCGUUAAAUCUGUGACCUUGUUCCUCUCUUUGUGUUUUGUGCUGAUCUCAGUCUUAACCGCCUACCAUGUCCUCUACACCGUGGCCGAUGAACGAAAGGUCUCUGAUUUUGCCAGUCAUGUAUUCAAGGCCAUGGUGAGUGAUCUCUUUGAGAGGGCCUCAUCGCAAGAAGUCAGGUUGAGGCGCACCUCCCAAGAUCAGCUUCAUUACACGCCCACCUACCGUCAAAGGAACCACGUCUACGUGGUCACGGCUUUGCUCAACGGGAUUUUCGUGUUGUUUUUGAAAUCUUCCCACCACAAACCAUUCCACCCAUUCACCCUCGCUACGGGCUCCAUGUCACUAUGGAGCUUUGCUAUUAUCCUACCACAGAUGUUUCGAUUGUUCCCUCGGAGUUUCACCUUCGGUGAGGGCACUCUCAUCCUUCAAGGUGUCGUUCUGUUUCUCUUUGAAUCGGUCAACAGUUUAUUUCUCAUCAUUGAUAAUCCCGCUACUGAAGAGGGCAGCUUUUCCAUCAUUGGAAAAACAGGCCUUCUGGCUUGCUCCGUCGUUUGCAUUCUUCCCCUUUUGCCCGGUUUUAAGUGGUGUGGAAAGAACACUUGGUUUGCUCCCACCGGCUUCACUGUGUUAUUUGGAAUGGCUGUGCCGUACUUGUGGUUCACGCUCCAAAGGAAUCCGAUUCUCUGGACUAUGGAUCAAAUUCUGAACGUGCGUGCUCGAGUUCUGCUCAUGAUCUGCUGGGCGUUAUGUUUACUCAUUGCUGUUUUGAAGGUACAAAGCCAAAAUGAGUACGGUCAAAAGGCUUCCACGAGAACAAGGAAAUAUUUUCACGUAAUCAUGGUGAUGGUAUACACCUCGGGUGUCAUAGUGGAUCCCCUGUUUUUGUACCUCUCGUCGAUUGUGGCUCAGUGCGUCUUCAUGCUCUUGGAAAGCAUUCGCUACUACUGCAUUCAACCCUUCAGUCAGUACAUCCAAAGCAGUUUUGCCGUGUUCCUGGACGAGAAAGACAAUGGUAGCUUAAUCCUGACCCAUAUUUAUCUACUGAUCGGUUGCUCAUUGCCAUUGUGGUUGUGUCAUGGGGUCGAAGCCGUGACUCGAGUUCAGCUCCUGAGUGGCGUCUUGUGCAUUGGGAUCGGAGAUUCGGCAGCUAGUUACUUCGGUUCCAAAUUCGGCCGCUUCAAGUUCCCGGAUUCGUCCAAGUCCGUAGAGGGCACCGUGGCCUCGAUUGUUACCCAAUUAAUGUUUUUACAUGGACUCGAUUACUUUGGAUUUAUCAUUGUCACGGACUGGCUCCCACUCUAUUUGCCUGUGAUCAUUGUCUCCGUGGUUGAGGCUCUCACCACUCAAGUGGAUAACCUUGUGUUACCUUUACUUUUUUAUGCUUUACUUUAAUCAUGCCGAUGCAAAGCGCAGCCGCCAAUUGUCAAUAAAGUCUCACUCAAAAGUGAUAUCAAA